GGCGGGGCCGGGCGCCCGAACCUGGUUCCCGAGGCGCGGCGGCCGCGGCUGGGGGCGGGGAGGGGGGCGCAGGACCCCAGGUGGGGGUCCCGGAGCCGGAGGGCCAGUUCCCGUCCCCCCAGCAGUAUGGCAUCCUGUGCGGAGCCCUCAGAGCCCACUGCCCCACCACCUUCUGUCCCACCACUUGAAGACUUCGAGGUGCUGGAUGGGGUUGAGGAUGCAGAGGGUGAGGAGGAAGAGGAGGAAGAGGAUGAUGAUGACCUGAGUGAGCUGCCACCUCUGGAGGACAUGGGACAGUCCACUCUGGAGGAGGCUGAGCAGCCUGGGGCCCUGGCCCGAGAGUUCCUGGCCGCCAUGGAGCCAGAGCCUGCCCCAGCCCCGGCUCCAGAAGAGUGGCUGGACAUCCUGGGGAAUGGGCUGUUGAGAAAGAAGACACUGGUUCCGGGCCCACCUGGCUCAAGCCGACCUGCUAAGGGGCAGGUGGUCACCGUGCAGCUGCAGAUGUCGCUGGAGAAUGGCACACGGGUACAGGAGGAGCCAGAGCUGGUGUUCACCUUGGGCGACUGCGACGUCAUCCAGGCCCUGGACCUCAGUGUCCCCCUCAUGGACGUGGGUGAGACGGCCAUGGUUACUGCUGACUCCAAGUACUGCUACGGCCCCCAGGGCAGCAGGAGCCCCUACAUCCCCCCGCACGCGGCCCUGUGCCUGGAGGUCACCCUGAAGACGGCCGUGGAUGGGCCUGACCUGGAGAUGCUGACAGGGCAGGAGAGGGUGGCCCUGGCCAACCGGAAGCGGGAGUGUGGCAACGCCCACUACCAGCGAGCGGACUUCGUGCUGGCCGCCAACUCCUACGACCUUGCCAUUAAGGCCAUCACGUCCAGCGCCAAAGUGGACAUGACUUUUGAGGAGGAGGAGCAGCUCCUGCAGUUGAAGGUGAAGUGUCUGAACAACCUGGCCGCCUCGCAGCUGAAGCUGGACCACUACCGCGCCGCCCUGCGCUCCUGCAGCCUGGUGCUCGAGCACCAGCCCGACAACAUCAAGGCGCUCUUCCGCAAGGGCAAGGUGCUGGCUCAGCAAGGCGAGUACAGUGAGGCCAUCCCCAUCCUGAGGGCAGCCCUGAAGCUGGAACCGUCCAACAAGACGAUCCACGCGGAGCUGUCCAAGCUGGUGAAGAAGCACGCGGCGCAGCGCAGCACGGAGACGGCCCUCUACCGGAAGAUGUUGGGCAACCCCAGUCGGCUGCCGGCCAAGUGUCCCGGCAAGGGCGCCUGGUCCAUCCCGUGGAAGUGGCUGUUUGGGGCGACUGCCGUGGCUCUGGGGGGUGUGGCGCUCUCUGUGGUCAUCGCUGCCAGGAACUGAUGGACCAGGUGGCUGCCACCCCCUCUGCACACCGUGGACCCACCCUGCACUCCUCACUCCCUGGCUCCCUGUCCUCUGUCCUCUGUGGCCUGGCCCCCUCCUCUGGGUCGGGGAAGCAAGGAUCGGGGGUCGCAAAGCCCAGAGAGCAAGAGGGACUGAGACCCCACAGGAGGCAGUGAGGGGCAGCCCAGAGGGAGGGCCUUGUCCCUGCAGACCCAGCUCCGCUUCCCCACCCCUGCCUGUGGGGUUCGGUCCCCCGGGGCCGGCCUCGGUUUCCCCUCCUCAGUAGGCCUGGGGCAGCCCACCCCGCCCAGUUCCCACCUGACCGCCAGCCCUUCCUGCCCUGCCUGCCGCCCUCUGUCCAGGCUCCCCCACAGUGAAAUAAAGCCUCCACCCGCGC